AUGCAGCGGGGCGGGCGCCUGUCCCUGAGCUUCCUGCCCCCCCAGCAGGUGGCGCUCUACGGGCGUGGCCGGGAUCUCUUCACCUUCGUCACCGUGGCCUCGUCCCACAUGAUGCGGACGCUGCAGAGACCCCGCAAUAGCCGCCCUGGCAAGCGGCGGGUGAACCACCGGCGGUUCCUGCACAACCAGAUCAGCAGGCAAUUCGCUGACAUUGAAGCCUCGACGCACCGCCUGGCCUCCUCCAUCCUGGCCCAGGAGGCCCCAAGGGACCCCGUGCCCCCCGCAGAACCCCGGCGUCCUGGCCCAGAGCCUCCCGCCCCAGCUGCCAGCUCCUUCCUGGGCGUGGCCGAGGCCUUCGUGGCCCCGGAAUCGGGGCCUGGCUGGGGCCUGAGCGUGGCCUCCCUGACCCCUGACCCCAGCGACCUCUUUGACCCCAUCACCGGCCCAGAAGAUCUGGGGCUGCCCCUCAGCUGGGCCCCGAUUACCCACAACCCCCUGGGGCCUAGCCAGUGUCCCCUGCCCUGGAACUCCCUGCCCAUCCCGGGCAUGGACGGCGCCCCCCUCUGGGCCCCAGAUCCCCCUGGCUACCUGCCCCCCGUCUCCCCGGAGUACCCUGUCGGAGUGGCGCCAGGGGGGUGGUAA